UAUCAUUACACAUCUAUAAAUAUAGUGAAAGAUAGAGAGAUAAAGAGACUUAUAACAAUGGAAAGAGAAGACAUAAAUCAUAUGUUAAGCCUAGAUGUCGAAAACAACAACACCUUCUCUGCCUUUGUAGACAAAACCCUAAUGAUGAUGCCUCCGUUAACAUUUUCCGGCGAAGUAGAGCCUUCCUCUUCUUCUUCUUGGUAUCCAGAAAGCUUUCAUGUGCAUGUGCCGCCACCGGCACCUGAGAAUGAUCAAAUAGGAGAGAAAGGGAAGAAGAAAGAGAAAGAGAAGAGAUCGAGGAAAGUUCCAAGGAUUGCGUUUCAAACGAGGAGUGAUGAUGAUGUUCUUGAUGAUGGUUAUCGUUGGCGAAAAUAUGGCCAGAAAUCUGUCAAGCACAAUGCUCAUCCCAGGAGCUAUUACAGAUGUACGUACCACACAUGCAACGUGAAGAAACAAGUGCAGAGAUUGGCAAAAGAUCCAAACGUCGUCGUAACGACCUACGAAGGCAUUCAUAACCAUCCUUGUGAGAAGCUCAUGGAGACUCUUAAUCCUCUCCUCAGGCAACUUCAGUUCCUCUCCAGUUUCUCUAAUCUCUGACGACUAAUUAUGUUAAUUAAUGCAUGCACGGUGUAAUUACUUAAAGCUGAUUAAGGUGUUAAUCACUCCACUUACCCACAUCUCCCAAGAGACAAGACACAAGUGUAUAGAAUAGAUUUGAAACGAAUGUAACAGUUACGACAUUUUACAAAUGUUUAUUUAUGCCUUGAAUUUU